AUGGCAGCGUCCAGGCUGGAGCUGAACCUGGUGCGGCUGCUGUGCCGCUGCGAGGCGAUGGCGGCAGAGAAGCGGGACCCGGACGAAUGGCGUCUAGAGAAGUACGUGGGAGCCCUCGAGGACAUGCUGCAGGCUCUGAAAGCCCAGACAAGCAAACCGGUCUCUGAAGUGAUCAAUGAAUAUUCCCGCAAGGUUGACUUUCUGAAGGGGAUGCUGCAGGCGGAGAAGCUGACUUCCUCCUCCGAGAAGGCACUAGCCAACCAGUUCCUGGCCCCCGGCCGAGUGCCAACCACUGCCAGGGAGCGGGUGCCCGCCACCAAGACGGUCCAUCUCCAGUCACGGGCACGCUACACCAGCGAGAUGCGGAGUGAGCUGCUGGGCAUGGACUCUGCUGGAGAGCCCAAGCCGGAUGUGAGGAAGAGAACUGGAGCGGCAGGUCCCAGGCCCAGGGAUGAGAAGCAGUCAGCAGCCGAGCUAGACCUCGUCCUGCAGCAGCACCAGAACCUCCAGGAGAAGCUGGCAGAAGAAAUGCUAGGCCUGGCCCGGAGCCUGAAGACCAACACACUGGCCGCCCAGAGUGUCAUCAAGAAGGACAACCAGACCCUGUCGCACUCACUCAAGAUGGCCGACCAGAACCUGGAGAAGCUGAAGACGGAAUCCGAACGUCUGGAGCAGCACGCACAGAAAUCCGUCAACUGGCUGCUCUGGGCGAUGCUUAUCAUUGUCUGCUUCAUUUUCAUCAGCAUGAUCCUUUUCAUCCGAAUCAUGCCCAAACUCAAAUAG